GUAGCUUCAGGUAAAGAUACUUUUAAAAAAAAUGAGUAAUCCGGGAGAAAUUGCAAUCAGUGCUAGUGAAGUUCUUCUGAUAGUACAACGUCAUUUGCUUGAAAAUAACGAAGAGAAUCUGGAAGUAAUUAGUCAUGAGCUGAAACCAUUCUCAGCAACGACUCAAGGGUUCUUAUCAAAUCACCGAUAUUUGUGUAUCGUAUUGAAACAAAAGGUCAAGGAUCGAGUGAUCGGUCACCAACUGAAAUUCUUCGCGAAGUUAGCACCGGUGCACAGUGCGGCUUUCCUGAAAUAUGUAGACGACUUGAAUGUGUUCGAAAAAGAGUCAAACAACUAUCACUGGCUGAUUCCAAGACUAGAGAAUAUUAAUAUUGGGACUGUCUUUGCUCCAAAAUGCUAUUUAGCACGGAAUGAUAUUUUGAUCUUUGAGGAUCUCACGGACAGUCAAUAUCGUCUUGGAAAUUCAGUAGGCGGCAUUCUUGACUACGAACAUUUGAAACUUGCUCUGAGAACGCUCGCCUGCAUGCACUCAGCAUCUAUCGUUCUAGAAUCGAGAACCGGGAAAUCUAUAGAGGAACAAUAUCCAAAAUGUACGCAAGAAAACUGUUAUCCGGAGGAUCCCAAUCGGCUGAGGCACACGUUUUACCAACUUGGGGUGGAAACCUUGUCUGCUUUCAUUCCCUUGAUGCCAGAAUAUAUGGACUCCCCAGAUAUUUGCAAAAUUACAGACAGAUUCAACGAACUUAUGCAAAAGAUAUUUAGUUUCGUCCGAACCUCAACAAAAUACCGGAACGUAUUCUGCCACGGGGAUGUCUAUGCGAACAACUUGAUGUUUCGAUAUGAAGAGUCAUCUGACCAAGGAUCAGUACCCAUUGAUUGCAAGCUAAUUGACUAUCAGUUUUCCAGAUAUGCACCACCUGCCUUGGAUGCCUUAUGCGCUCUGUGCAAUUCGACGACCAGGCUGUUCCGCCAAAAUAAUCUUAACAGUUUGCUAGACGACUAUUAUGCGGUGUUAGGCUCAUUCCUUGCCAAUCACAAUAUCAAUAUUGAAGAUGAAUUUCCGAGGGAGGAGUUCGAGGAGACUGCGGAGUACUUCAAAUUAGCUGCCCUAAUGGAAAGUUGCUUCUUUUCUCAUAUAUCCCUUUUGCCAGAGGAGAUAGCUAACGGGAUUUGCAAUAAUUCUGAUAACUUCCAGCUAUUUUUCAGUGACGAUCGUAUAAGUAUGUGUGUUAAAGCCUUUGAAAAUGAUAGUAACUAUCGUGAACGAAUACGUGAUACCCUUUCCGAUAUUAUUGAUAAUUACAUUUUAAACGAAAAUUCAAUACAUUUCAGUCAAUUGUCGUAUCUCCCCGCGAUCAUGAGUUUUAAUUUGUUUAGUGAAAAUUGUAACAAAAGUCUUUUAAGUGAGUCUGAAUGUCUUGAAAUUACCCGAAAAUCCAAUGUCCCUGGCUUGGUGGUGUACCACUGUUUAGAAUAUAAAUCAGAAAAUGUUAUGGGAUUUUUAGGAGAGUAUAUGAAUCUGCGAAUAGCCACGACCGUUGAUGGUACUGUUUUCAGUCAGCAUAGAUACUUCGUUAAAUCGUUACCGGUUCUAAAGGGAGAGGAACAAUCCAUCGAGGACAUUUUCCAAAAGGAGUGUAAUAUUUACAAGGAAGUCCUGAGCAAAUUAGAAAAAUAUACUAGAAUAAAAUGGAAACCGAAUUUCUAUCUGUCGCGCUCGAAUUUGAUAGUGUUGGAGGAUUUACUAUAUUCAGGGCAGGAGCAUGUACCUGACGUCCUCGAAUUGAAUGUCAACCACAUGAAGAGAAUAAUGGAAAGCUUAGCUGCUAUGCAUGCUGCCAGCAUAGUUCACGAAACUAGGACUGCUGAAAAUUUAGGAGAAAAGUACAGGCCGCUGCUUUUCGAAACGACAGUGCGACAGGAUGUUGAGUGGUUCACCACUGGUAUUAAAUGCCUGUUAGACAUUGCAAAAGUACAUCCAAAAUUUCAAUCACGGGAGCAUCAAGAAUUCAUCAUUAACGACUUCGAAACUAUGCUAGACCCAGUCUAUGAAAUGGUCAACGAGUCGCAAAGGUACAGAAAUGUGAUAUGCCAUCGGGAUACCUGGCGUAAUAAUCUCAUGUUUGUCUUUGAAAAUGAGGACUUUAUGAAUCCCUUGUCAUGUACAUUUGUGGACUUCCAGUUCUGCCGUUACAGUCCGCCAGCAAUAGAUGUUCUCCUCUCUAUUUACCUGAAUCUGAGCAAAGCAAAGCGUCAAUUGCACGAGCAAGAAUGCCUCAAGUGGUACCACCACUGCCUCACUAAAGAACUGGCUUAUUUCGAAAUUGAUAUCGAUGACCAAAUACCAUGGGAGGCUUUCCUGAAAUCAUGUGAACAAUUUAAACUUCUGCCCGUUUUGUACAACGGACUGGCCGCGACAGUUAUACGAGCACCGAAGGCGGCCCUUCUGGAGAUUAAAAAUAGUGACCCGGAUAUGUAUAGGAAGUUCCGGACAGUGGAUAGAAGUGAUGUCAUUUUGGAAAUAAUGGAUCGGGAUGAGGCUUUCAAAAAUUACAUGCUUGAAGCAGUUGAGGAGUUGUUAGAUGAACUACUCACAAGAAAGUCACUGAGAAGAGCCAACGAAUCCAAAGAAAACACCCUUUAAAUGUUUCUUGAAAAAAAUUAUUUAUUUCUAAUAAAAUUAUUUAUUUUGCGA